AUGGAAGGGCAAUCAUCCUCACGAGCUCCCGUCCUGGGUCACGAGCAGGGCCCGCUGGAGAGCAGCGGGGAGCCAGGAUCUGGCCAGCAGCGAGGCAGAAGCUCUGCUUCCAAGGCCGAGAGAAAAGCAGUGAAGAAGGGGUUAGGCCAGGAGCUUCGAGACAAGUCCGACGGCGACGACAGCGAGAGCGACGAGGAGGACGACAUCGGUCAAGCGACCCAGGCUGCUGCAGCCAGCAGCAGCAAAGUGCUAGCCCCCGGUACCCCGGGGAAAGGGCGCAAGGUAGAGGAAGUGAAGAAGAAGAAGAAGAAGAAGAAGAGCGAGAUCGAUGUGCAGGAGUUGCUGGCCAGUGGUUUGUCAAAGGGGCAAAGCGCUUCGGAGAUUUUGCCUUUAGCCGUGCUAGCGAUGGUUUUGAAGAAGGACAAAGGGUCAAAGGCCAAGGGCAGCACACUCCAUGGUGGUUUCUCUUCAGACAGCGAAAGCGACGAAGCCGACUUCAGCAAAUCUGGGAUUAAGGCCGUGGUCUCCCUCAGCAAGCUGCAUGCCCGCAUCAGGAGCCGGCCUUCCAAGAUCUACCACGAGUUCGAGCGCGAGAUUGUGGAGGACAUGGGCAUUGUGGCGGGGCAGGCUUGGACGAUUCGGGAUUACCUCAAGAAGCAAUCCUGGGAAAAGUUCAAGGGCAUAUUUCGUUGCGCCGUUAUGGACGCUGCUGCUUACGAGAUGUUGCGCUCAGGCGAGACGGAAAGUGCCAUCGCCCAGCUUGCUCAGAAUAUGAAGGGGGAGCUCCAGGCUGUGAUGUCCGGUGGCGACUGGGAGGCGGCUUGGCUCCUGACGGGGUUGGCCGAUCCUCUCAGCCGUCGCGAGUUUGCGGGGAGCAAGGAGGAGAUGGCAGUGGUGAGCGGCUACCUCGAAGCUCUCAGCAAGCUGAACAAGCCGGUCAGGCCAGCCAUGGCGACGAGGUGGAAGAAGAGGAAAAAGGAGUACUUCGCGUGGCUGGAACGUGCCCAAGGUUCUCUACUGGAAGGGUCCGGUACCGACCCGCCACUUUUCCCGAGUGCUCUUCCCUACCCUGAGGUGGUGUGCCUUAGGUCGGGUACCAAAGGGCCGCUUGAUGCUGCUCAGUGGUGCCGGGUCGCCGUCAAUGCGCUGGUGGCUUGGAGCAACUUUGUGGUGAUGGGCUGUCCCGAUGGUGCUGGGAGUGCCUACGAGCCGCGAGCAGCCCGCAGAAGUGUGGAGAGCAUCCGUCCGUAUGCCGAUAAGCUGCUUGGCGAGGUGGUUAAUUUCUUUAGUCCUGGGAUGUUGUCUGGAGCACUAAGUUGUGAGGGCAAGCGAGAGGACUUGGAGCACCUUGUUGCCUCCGCCGAACGUGUGGCGAUACCAGAGGAGGCGGGUCAGGUGGAUCCGCGAGAAGUCUUGGAGAAGCCACGGGCCGAGGUGGUGGAUAGCCUGCCGGAGCUGCGUUUACCUGAGGCGCUCUGGGGUGAGGAAGUAGUUACUUUAGUUGCUUGCCAUCGGGUCACGGAGCAGGAGGAAACACCUUUGUUGCGCCGGCUGCUGGCUGCCAAGAUGAUCACCUUUGUUCCCGAGCAGGACCUGCCUCGAUGCCGAGACGGCCGGCUUCUCCUUGGAGGAUUGUUUGCGGUGCGGAAGAACGAGGAUGAGGAUUGUGGCCACUUGUAUAUGUCAGUAUCCCGGUUAAACGGUUACAUUUCACCCGAGGAAGGCAGCCCUCCAAGAGAGUGGCGACAGCCCGAUCACACCCGCCGAGCAAUUGGCACUGCUACGAGCGGAGCAGGGAUCGAAGAGGUGGGAUUCAAUGAUGUAGCCCGAUGUGUUGCUGAAGCACCCGAAGCUCUAUGGCUGAAGCCCCCGAACCCCUGA